UACCAUGUGAAAUGUUGCAAUAGAUUUGCGUACAGAACUCUGCAAAAAUAUGCUGGAUUUUGCCAUAUUUGCGGUGACAUUUGUGGUUGCACUUAUUGGUCUGGUUGUCUACUUGUAUCCAGGGCGAAGUAAGCCAACUACUGUGCCAGGCCUUGAACCAACUGAUCCCAGCGAGGGAAACUUGGCGGACAUCGCCCAGGCCGGCAGCCUCCAUGAAUUCCUGAUAGUUCUUCACGACAAGUAUGGCUCGAUUGCCUCCUUCUGGAUGGGCAGCCAGCUCGUCAUCAGCAUCGCCAGAGUUGAUCUCUUCCAACAGCAGAUGGGACUCUUCGAUAGGCCUCCAUCUCUUUUCAAACUAUUCGAGCCACUCAUCGGACCAAUGUCGAUACAGUUUGCAAAUAAGGCAGACGGGAGGAUGCGACGUAACACGUAUGAUAAGUGUUACAGUCACAGCGCUAUAAAAUGCUUGUACCCGAUCUUCAAUGAGUUUGCGAAUGAGCUGGCAGAUAAGUGGGGGAACCUCGUCGGUGAGGAACACAUUCCGGUCACAAACUACAUGUUGUCGUUUGCAAUCAAGUCAAUCACCCUGGCCUCCUUUGGUGACUACUUCAAGGAUGAAAAGAAAGUGCAGAAGUUGAAGAUGGCAAAAGAUGUUGUGUGGACAGAAAUGGAGCGACGGCUGACAAGCACGAGUCAAGAUGCUGAAACGCAAAAGCGCUUCGAAGAAAACAAAAAAAUCCUGCUGGAUAUAUGUGAUGAGCUCCUCAAGCACCGCAGAAAGAACCCCCCACUUGGUGAUGAGUAUCUUCUUAUCGACACCUUUCUCGAGGCAGAUAUGUCGGACGAACAGCUCCGAUCCGACGCCACAACAUACCUGAUCGGAGGAUUCCACACGACGGGAAAUCUUUUGUCGUGGGCUAUUUACUUCCUUGCCUCGCACCCUGACGCCCAAGAGAAGCUCUAUGAAGAAAUCAAGGCAGUCUUGGGAGACGAUGAUGUUGACAGUGAAAACGCUUCUGCACUCAUUUAUCUUCGCCAAGUGAUGGAUGAAACAAUGAGGUGUGUUGUGCUGGUAUCUUGGGCAGCAAGAUAUGUCCCUGAUUCUGAAAGCGAACUUGGUGGUCAUGUCAUUCCACCUGGUACGCCCGUAAUCCAAGCUUUUGGUGUUACCUUCCAAGAUGAAGAAGUCUGGCCUAAUCCAAACAAAUUCGACCCCGAUCGAUUCAGCUCUGAAAAUGUCAAAAGUCGCCAUAGCCUUUCGUUCUGUCCGUUUGGUUUCGCUGGGAAGAGAAAGUGUCCAGGAUACCGAUUUGCGUACGCCGAGGCAACAACCGCAUUGGCGAUCCUCUUCCGUCGCUUCAAAAUCAAGCUGGUGGACGACCAAGUUGUUGUGCCGUUAUAUCAACUCGUCACGACUCCGGCUGAUGAAAUUUGGAUUCAAGUUGAGGAGAGAAAGAAGAAGUAACUGUGUUCAGUUUAUUACGCCAGGUCAGAGUUUUUGGAUCCUUGUUCUACAUGUAUAAUGAACCGGCAAGAUCAUUAUCGGACAAACUGUGAUUUUCUACUAGUAUAUGCUAUCAUUAGUACCCACACCUUGUUUAGAGGACAGUACUCUGACAUCAGAAAUCUCCCCAGAAUUCAUAAGAUGGUAAUGGGGUUUAUACUGGAUGCUUUCUUUUAGAAUAGGUAUUACUUUCUUUUUUUUGGAGAUUGAAUAAGCUAUUUUAGUAUUUUAAUUAGAAAAGGUGCUUAACUUAGAUUUAUAUGCCCUUGCCAUGGUCUUCAAUCGAAGACAAAAUUAUUUCAUUUCGACACAAUAUUGCCCAUUCAUAACAGAUUUCGCAUGUCACAUUCAUUAAUCCGGCAAUUGGAAUAGAUAGCAGACAAUUUCAUACUACGCUGUAGCCCCUGCUGUCUGCCAAAACAACUUUAAAGGUAAUCAAAAUGAUUUACAAGUUAUGCAUGAGCCAAAUUGUGUACUGUAAAUUUUUUUAAAUUUUCUUCCAUUGGAGACCGUGCUUACAGUCGGGAUCAACUACCUGCUGAUGAGUUCGUUGAGCUGAUGCUCGUUGAUGCAGCAAUCUGUGCGGAACAACUAGAUCCAACAUUGCCUGAUCAACCGAUACAACCAAACGUGCAGUCUGCUUGAAAACAACCUUGUUUUGCUGAUUUCAGUUGACAGUGCCAGGCUCAGUCAUAGUACUGGUACAGCUCAGCAAAAAUGUGAACCGCCACAGUAAAAGCAGGUGCAUGUUGCUCUAAGAUUGGCAGGUCGAGACGGGCUGUUUGUUCAUUUCUCUGUUGUGUGCCUUUUGUGAAAUAUGAGCACAUCGAUUUCUUCCAUUAUCUCCUGGUGUCAUUUAGGCUCAUCUUCUGUGCGACAUGUGCCUGGUUUUGCUGUGAGUGUGAUGGGUCACAAAUGUCCUUAAAACUGAUUAGAAGGGUACUGUUGUUGAAACGUGUGGAAAUCCAUUAGGAAUGAGUUAGAAUCCAUGGGGAACACUGUGGCCCAGUGGAAGACCGUCCCGACUCGUGGUCGGAAGGUCAUGGGUUCAAGGCUUGACUAGUACCUCUUUGCCCGAAACGACCAAGUGUAGUGAGGUAUGUGCAGUCCUGGGUCUCGCAGAAAGUUUUCUGGAUAGAACUGGGGAAUGAAGGUUCUAAAGUAUGAAAGCAAGAACUUACAAAAAGAAAUUACAUAUCACUUUUUUAUUACUAAACUACGUAGUAAAAUAUCAUUGGUUGGCUAACCCUAACUCUUUAAUUAUGUUUAUCCUUGACUGAAUCAAACCAUGUAACAUCCAUUCAGUUUUUUAAAAUUUUAAUCCAAUCGUUCCCGAAGUCAACAGCAGCACAUUUCUGCUUUAUUGACCAAAAAAUCCUCAAUUGCAGACUAAUGAACAGGUAAAAAGUACUCUUUAAAAAAGCCCAUUGCAGCAGGACACACUCUUUGUCUAAAUUAUCCAAGGCUUUUAGCUUGCUCAGACAGUGUGCCAGCUAAUCUAUAUUUAAGAUUUAUUCCUGCUUCAUGUACCUAGUGGGAUGUACUAUAAAGGUAAAACUAAAUGGCAUGUACUAUAAAGGUAAAACUAAAUGGCCUGUGUGUAGGCCUUGAAUUCGGUUUCUUAGAUUGGUAAAUGAACUGUCAUCUUUACAAUGAGGAACCUGCAGAACUAAAAAAUCCAGAUGGCAGCACCGGUACUAAAAGGUACACUUAUAGUGCAUUUUCCAUUGAAAUUAAGUUUAGUUGAUUUUCUCCCUAAAACUCAUCAAAAUAGAAUUAAGGACCAAUAAAAUAAAAAUUUGGUGCUAUUUCCCCAUGUAGAGUAAUUAAGGGAUGAUAUAUUCAAUAAUCAUUGACCCGGGAAUUUGCCCUCUCAUCACAACCAUAGUCCACUUGCCUGCAGGGCCCCCUAUUGGCAGGUUUUGUUGUGCAGUUUCCUCAUUGUACUUGUAUUCUUAUCCAUGCACAUACAUGUAUAGUUUUCUGAAGGCUGCCAGGAGCUCUCCGAACAUUCAAGAGAGCAGGUAGUAUAGUGUAAUGUAUCAUAACUGCUGGCCUUUCAAAUUCCUUGAGUGCUCAAUUGAGCGGUUAAAAUUACAACUCUGGUUACUGACCUGGGGAGGAGGUCACUCCUGAUGACCUGUGUGGAGCAUCCUUGUACCAAGAUAUGUGUGCAGGGGUCGUGGGUUUUUUUGGUGAGCAGAGCACGACCCCCUCUAGGCAAAUAGAACCCCAUCUUUCAUUCAAGCCCUACAAUCAACCCAGAGUAUUGCUUCAAGAUACCCGCCCACCGCCGGAGGCCUCUUAUUUUCAACUCUCCAUUACUCAGAUAACGAACUCAGGUCAUAUUUCCCCAAAGUUGCGGGAGGUACAUAAAUACCAGUAUAAGUGGUUGUGUUCACUAGACUGAGAUGUGUACCAGCAAAAGGAGCUGGGUAUGAAAAAUAUCCCAAAAAAUGGGAGUCGGCAUUCAAGGUUGUUAUCCCCAUGCUGGAGAGUCUAGUAAAAUCUCAAGGUACAAGGAUGCUCUACUGUAACUGAGAUUGCCUCCACCCUCCCUACAGGACUGAACCCCAUGAAAUCUUCAUCACAAAUUGAGUGCUAAAAAUCAUUUUGCCGAGUGUCUGACCUAAAUCUAAGUCCAUAGCAUCAUAAAAGUACUUGCUAGUUGUGUAAAUUCCCGAGACUACUCUACCCCAUGCUCUACCUUAUCAUGCCAAUAAGCUCUAGAUUUGAAGAAAUCCCAUCUCAGAUUUGCACAACUUGACCUAAACUUUAAUUUAAUCUAAACUAGUAGGAAUUUUAAUCAGCAGCACAUCCUUUAUCAUUUUACAGGUUGAAAUAAUUUGAUCAUUGAUUUGACAUUAUUUGACCUCAACCCUGUCGAACUAUUCAGGUGCAUGGGGCACCUAUUGGAGGUGGUGGUGGGUGGUGGAGAUUAACAGGCUUUUCAAGGGUCUUAUAAAUGCUGGCUCUUUCCAGCUCUUCAUCAUAGUUUUUGGUCGGUCAUGAAAUGAUAAAUGUUACAUAUAUUUAAAUUUGUUAUUGAACAUACUUAUAUAUAGCUUAUAUUAUA